AUGUCGUCCCUCGCGACGACAGCAGCCGGCACCCUCCGAAUGCGGAUCCCUUACCGGGAGCUUCCUCCCCCAACGACCAUCAUUCCUGCCACCGCCACGACCCUCCCUGGCGCCGUCGCCGCUCUCAAAUCAUUCCUCACCACCCCCCCUCCGGCGUCCCAUCUACCCGACCGAACCGUCAUUCUCACCGGUGCCGGUCUUUCCGUGGCCAGCGGCCUGGCCGACUACCGCGGCGUCAACGGCACCUACCGGGUCAACAAGAGCUACAAGCCGAUUUUCCACCACGAGUUUCUGACGAGCCACGAGACGCGGCAGCGAUACUGGGCACGGAGCUACAUCGGAUGGAGGGGUCUGGGACGGGCCGGCCCGAACCCGGGACACUACGCGAUCCGGGACCUGGGGGACCUGCUCGCCCAGCGCUACGGCUACAGCUACAGCAGCGGCGGUAGAGCAGAUGAAAACAACAACAGCAAGGGCAUCACGGGCGUGAUCACGCAGAACGUGGAUUCCUUCCACAAGAUGAGCCAUCCGGAUAUACGAACCGUCGAAUUGCACGGGAGUCUAGCUUCGGUUGUGUGUACAUCGUGCCAGAACCAGUUCCCAAGAGACGAGUAUCAGACCACGCUGGCGAGGCUCAACCCUAUCUGGGCCGACUUUCUUCGCGAGGCGCUGGCGUCGGGAGCCCUGGAGACGGAGGACAUUGAGGAGCGGAACAAGAGGGGGAUCAAGAUGAACCCGGAUGGUGAUGUGGAUCUGGCCGAGGCACCUUAUACCACCUUUCGCUACCCCGCAUGUCCAUCUUGCUUGAAGGAACCGCCGCGCCUCGCAGAUGGUACCAAGACAUGGGUGGAGAUUGACAAAGAUGGGGCCUGGAUACCGUCCAGCACUGCGGGAGUUCUGAAGCCGGCGGUGAUCAUGUUUGGAGAAAGCAUCAGCGCCGAGGUCAAGCGCGAGGCGGAAAAGGCCGUCGACAAUGCCGGACGAAUGCUCAUCCUGGGCACCUCCCUCGCGACAUACUCGGCCUGGCGGCUGGCACAGCGGGCUAAGCUCCGAGGAAUGCCGAUUGCCAUUGUGAGCAUCGGUGGUGUGAGGCGCGAAGAGAUGUUCUUUGAAGAUCUGGACCCUAAAAUGGCCGGUCCUCAUGGGGUUAGAGUGGAGAUGGCUACUGAAAAGCUAUUACCGGCGCUCGUGGAGGAGCUCAAGAGUUCUAACAAUGGAGCCAUGGUGGCCGAGGUACCCAUUGGCACGGCGUUUACGAAUGGGCUCCAAAACGGACGUCCAUCUUUAAUAGAAUAA